AUGGAUUUGUAUGGAUUAAUUUUUUUAGAACUUUAAAUAUGGAACUUUUGGAUUAUUUCAUCUUAAUUACUUAUUGGUUUAAUAGUUUUAGGUUGCUAUAUCAUUUACUAAACGUUUUUUACGAUUGUAUCAUAUUCAAAAUUUUUUUUCAGCUGUUAAAAAGAUUUUUAGCUUGAUUCUAUACUUGAACAUUUUCUAGUUUCAUAAUUUUGUAUUGCAUUAAUCAGCCUUAAUUUGGUAAGAUUUUAUGAUUAUUCUUCGUUGGAUUUAUGCUAUCAGUUUUUAAGGAUAUGUCAAUAUUUUUGUACUUACUUAUUUUUAUAAAAACAUGGUAAGGAAAAUGCAUUAUAACUUCAUUAUAUACUCGACACUUUAAUGAAUAUCUAUGGAAUCCUAUAUCUAAAUUAUGAAUCUAUUUUUUUUUGGUUUAUUUUAGGUUAGAUAGCUUUAGGAUGCAUUCAUUACUGUACAUUCAUAAUGAGCCUUAUAAUAUUUACAUUUUCUAAUUACUAUUUCUCAAUAUGCGAUUACAUAUAUUUUCUAAACAAAGUCAUAGAAAGGGAUGAUUAAGCUGGAUACAUGAAAAAUUUUAUCAGACUUUAUUUACUUACUUAAUUAGCUCUUGCUAUUUAAUUUAUUUUUGAGUAGUUUUUAUUAUCUGAAAAUAUAUGGUCUGAACUUAUCAAGACUGAUAUCAUUUAUUUUAUCUUUAGAAUCAUAUAAUAUUCAUUCCAUUUAAUAAUUUAAGAAUAUUAUUAAGAUUUUGGGAGUCAUUAUUAUUAUCACUUUACUGUUUAUUUUUUAAUGGAUAUUUUUGGGUUGUACAGUCUAUUUUUAAUUAGCAAUUCGUUUUGGAAUAUACUGUUUUAAAUAAUAUUGGGAUUCAUUAUAUAUUAAUGGAUAUUGAUUAGGUAUGUAUAUUUGAAAGUUCAUAAACGUCAGUUCUCUGAUAAUAUGAUUAAAUGUCCUCUUUUUAACACAUUUAUAAUUUUUUUUAUGCUUGAAAUAAUCUUCUCAAUAAUAGGUAUCAAAUUUAAUUUUGAAGGAGUUAAAUGUUAUCUAAUACUUCGUAUGAUUUAAUAUGGAAUGGUUUUGUUAAUUAUUAAAUUCUCCUUUAUAAUUUCUGACUUUUGGAAAGUGUUAAUUACUAUUAUUUUGUUAUUAUUGUCUUUAAUAACAGUAUUAUAUCUUUUCAUAAAAAUGUUUCGAUUUCUUUAACAAUAAAUUUAUGUAAACCUAUUACUUUUUACUUAGUUAUUUGUUGAUUUAAUUAUUAUUGGAUCACUUUUAUUUUCAUAAUAUUUAAAAAAUAAGAAUUUAUUUUUGGAAGAGUAUCAAAAUGCUUAAGAAGACGAGUAAAUAUAUAAAAUGAAACAAAUGUUAUGGUGGUUAUAAGAAGAUGAUAUUGAAAAAAUAAAAGUUGAUCAAUCAUGUAUUAUAUGCUAUGAAAAACUAUUAAAUGAUUCAGAAACAUGUAAAUUGGAAUGUCAUCCAACUCAUGAGUUUCAUAUUUAAUGUUUAUAAAGAUGGGAAGUUGAAAAUUCUACCUGUCCAAUUUGUAGAUAGUAAAUCAAAAGAUAGAUUUAAGCUUUAGUAAUUAAUUGA